CUUUGGAAGAAUCGGACAUUCAAAGUAAUCAGAAAUUUCUUAUCUUGAUUUGAGAAAAAGUACGAAAAGAAUUGAAAAGUGUAACCAUAACAAAAUUCAUCGAAACUAAAUAAAUAAAAAUUUUAUUAUUAAUUGGAAAGUGACCACAUCUUAUUACUACUCCAAACGCUCCUAAGCAUUGGUCCUUCAAAUCAGAUUUAAGCAUGGCCGCUAAAAUUGUAAAUCAAGCGGAACGCAUCUCCGCAAAAACAUGGAAGAAUUCCGAUUAUGAGAACACUUUCCUCAAUGGCUUAACUAAAAUGCGUGUUAAUCAGAAGCUCUUUGAUUUUUCUUUGGACAUAGACGGUGAGCUCAUCUACGUGCAUAAACUUGCACUCGCGAUUGCCUCUGAUUACUUCGCCGCGAUGUUUGAAGCUGAUAUGAAGGAGAGAAAGGAAGGGACGGUCAAGUUGGAGGAUGUGGAUGUAGUUGCCGUUAAGGCACUCGUUGACUACGUUUACAGCGGGAUCAUCACGCUUACAGAAAAUAACGUUGAAGCGAUAUUGUCUGUAUCGGACUUAUUUCAGAUCGUAUGGGUGAAAGAGCAAUGUGUCCAACUUCUUAAAAACAACGUGAACCGAAAAAAUUGUUUUCGAGUGCGAAAGCUUGCUGAUAUGCAUUCUUGCAAAGAGUUGCACGACGUCAGCCAUAAAUAUAUUUUGGAUCAUUUAGAUGAUCUAAUUGCUGAGGAGGAUCUACUAUUAUUGUCAUUUGAAGAGACCAAGGAGUUGAUAAAGGACGAGGAACGUGUGAUAAAAUCUGAAGAUAGCGCUUAUAAGACCGCAAUAAAUUGGGUCAAACACGACCUAGAGAAGAGAAAAGAUCAACUCGCGGAGCUUAUGAGUCAGAUACGUUUACCUAUUGUCAGCACAGAAUUCUUGACAAAUCAUAUUGUUGCUGAACCACUGCUCAGACAAGAUCACAAAUGUAGUCAAUUCCUGAUUGAAGCCUUAAAUUCUCAGUUAACAAGAGUAACUGAAAGAAAUGAUAGCUUUCAUGUGUUUCUUGUCGGCGGCACAAGGGAUUGUGUGAUGGGGACAAAAGAAUGCAAAGUCUACGACAUUUCCAAAAAGAAACUAUUUUCUAUCUCAAGUAUGAAUGAGGAUAGAUUCAAUAAUUCUGCCGCCUCCUUAAACGGUGCUAUCUAUUCAGUGGGUGGAUAUAAUAACGGACUUUUGAACACUGCGGAAUAUUAUGAUCCUGUCAGUGAGCGAUGGAGUUACAUUGCACCCAUGAAUUAUGGUCGGAGAGGUUUUGGAAUGUGCACGUACAAUGAUCUAAUUUACGUUGUUGGAGGAUGGUGGAAUUCAACAGUCGAAAGCUAUAACCCUUCAACAAAUAAAUGGCAUUUGUGUCAAGCCAUCCCUGGAACAAACGAAGGUUUCAAUCGGGCAACAGUGGCAGAAAAUAGUAUAUACAGUCUGACUCGAGUAACUAAUGGCAACAAUGCACUAUUUCGCUUUGACCCGAGAGAUGGAAAGUGGUGUAAUGUAAAUGAGAUACAAGAAACAUCUAAUCGAUAUCGACUCGUCUGCUAUGAUCGCACAUUGUUUGCCAUGGGAAGGGACGACUGCAAAUGGCUCGACAUACGAGUGAAUAAAUGGGAAUCUAUGCCCCACAUGUUGUCUAAUAGGUAUGGUUUCUCGGCCGUGAUAGCCGCAAAAGACAUUUAUGUACUGGGCGGUGAAGAAGAACCUAGCUCACAGUUCAUUACAAGUGUAGAGCGUUUUAGUAUCCUUAGUAAUGAGUGGACAAUAAUCGACCCUAUCGGAAUUGAACACUGUCACGGGGGAGCUGCAGUUCUCAGCGGAGAUUUUGAUUUCAAUUAAAUAGUGGAAGUCAAGCAUUAUAAGGAAUAAAUAUUAGUUUCCUUACUCUUGUCAGAAUCUUUUGCGUACGUCUAAGGUUUCACUCAUUCAAAGGAAAUUAAAAAUAUAUAAUAUUUAAAGAAAUAUUUAGUUCGUUUAAAUUUAUGGACAAUAAACUUUUAUUAACCAUUCAAAUACUGUCUUAUUUCUAGAAGCACGUAAGUGUGAAUAUUUUAGUUGUGGUAGUAAUUAUCCAGGAAAGUGAGAAAGACAAACUUUUUAUUAAAUGAGUACUAAAGGAACACAAGAGUGCGAGUUAUCCUAUAAGGACACGGGUUGAUAAUUACAAAUCAAAAGCAUUGUCUAUCAUUAGUUUUAGGUGUGAAGUAACAGGGA